AUGAACUUUAGAGCCACCGCUGCUCCAGCAUAUUCCCCUCCACAAACCCCUCCUCUUCCAUACCCGGCCAACCAAGGCUUUCUUAGGCAACAACAAAACUUCCAACCGCCCACCGUGUCCGCAGUAUCUUCAGUUUCCUCGCCACCGCAGCCGCUGCAGCAUCACCAGCAGCAGCAGCAGCAGCAGCAGCAACACCAACACCAACAACAACACCAACAACACCAACAACAACAACAUCAUCACCACCAACAACAACAACAACAACUUCCACACCACCAAUCGCCUAUCCCUCCUUACGGUGCAGUUUCUCAUCCCCAUCCUCCACCACCACCACCACACCAACAACAACAACAACAUCAACAACAUCAACAACAACAAUAUCACCACCAUCCUUAUCCGCAACCCCCUCAUCCUUCUGCCCUGGCACCUCCACAACAACAACAACUCCCACCAGGCAUACAACCAUCCGCUCCAUUGGCCCCAGCCUCUGUUUCUGCACCAUCGCCCCACCCAGUCCCAAUCAAACACGAAAAACCUGCCACCAAACGCCGCCGCAGAACAAACACAAUCUCCUCAGAUACCUCCACUACAAACACCCCAGACUCUUCAUUUGCAGGAAACUCAAAUUCAAACUCAAACUCAAACAAUACUUCAGCACACCGCCGUAAACACCACAAAUCUACCUCCUCAACUUGCUCAACCGCUGCAUCAACUCCAAACUUGGCCUAUGCUGCUGUCCCAACACCUCCUAUGUCUUCUCUGGCUGCUCCAAACUCUCAAGAAGGUCAUCCGGGUUAUCAACAACAACAACCUCAGGGGUAUCAACAGCAGCAACAACAGCAACAUCAACAGCAGCAGCAGCAGCAGCAGCAGCAGCAGCAACAACAACAACAUCAGCAACAGCAACAGCAGCUUGGACCUCCUCCUCCUCCUCCUCAUCAUCUUCAACAACAACCUCAACAGCUUAACAAGUCUCCCAAAGCCUACCCUAACAUCCUUUCAAGUUACCCACCACCACCACCUCAGCAACAACAACAACAACAACAACAACCACCUUACUCAGGAUCAAUCACUCCAAUGUCCCCACAGGUCCCGCCGGGUGCGCAGACCCACCACCAUCAACAACAACAACAAUCCCAACCCCAAGACUUAAAGCUUAAUGAUUCGCCAGCAAUCCAGGCUUUCCGUGCAGAAACAAUCGAAACAUGGCUUGCAAUUGCAUCCAUGUCAGACGCACUCGACCUCCAUGACAAGGCUAUUGACUGCUACCGCAAAGUCCUUGACUAUGACCAUUCAAAUUUCAAGGCCCUCGUUGGAUUAGGCAACCAGUUUCACGCAAAGGAACUCUUCCACAAGGCUAUCGACUACUAUAACUCAGCCCUCAAAAUUGACCCAGGUGAUGGUGCCGUCUGCGAGGCCCUCGCUCAUAGUUACCUAAUGGUCGACAGCCUCAGUGAGUCUUAUGCUGCAUACCAACGUGCUCUUAACGCACUUCCUGAUAAAAAUGUCCCCAAACUGUGGUACGGCAUUGCUGUUCUCUACGAGCGGUGCAGCUCCUUUGAACUCGCAAAGUCCUCCUUCCUGCGCGUCUUGGAAAUCGACCCAAACUACUCAAAGCGCUCUGACGUUUACUUCCACCUGGGUAUCAUGUUUAAGCACGAGCGUGACUACCCAAGAGCUCUCGAAUACUUCCAUCUUGUCCUUAAAACUCCUCCCCUCCCAAUUGCUGCCUCCCACGUCUGGCUCCAAAUAGGUUAUAUCCAAGAGUUUCUUGAAGACUACCCAGCAGCUCAAUACGCAUACGAGCGCGUCCUUAAAGAUGAACCCACACAUAGCAAAGCUCUUCAGCAACUGGGCUGGCUUAACUAUCUCCAGUACAUGAAAGCCUCUUCAGCUGCCCAACCACCAUCUUCUCCACCCGAGCACGCCUUGGACAUGGCCAUUUCCCGCCUCAAUGCCUCGCUCGAAUAUGAACCAAAUGAUGCUUAUACUUGGUACCUCCUCGGCAGAUGCUACAUGCAACAGGGUCGCCAUGAAGAAGCUCUCCGCUCAUACGACCGUGCAACCACUCUGGACCCCAACAACUCCCGCUUCUUUUGCUCAAUCGGUAUUUUCUACUAUCGCACUGGGUCCUUCCAUGAGGCUUUACAAUGGUACACUAAAGCCAUCACAGCCGAUCCAGAUACUCUCAGCGAGGCAUGGUACAAUGCCGCAAUUCUUUACCAAAUUUCAAACCAACUCCAUGACUCCAUCAACGCCAUGGAAAACGCUAUCCGAGUUGACCCAAAUAACCAGCUCUACAAGUCACACAUUGAGUAUCUCCACGCUGCAGCUGAAUCAGCAACCCCUUCAGGUGCACCCAAAGACCCGGUCCCGGAAAACCUCAAGAUCCCUAGAGAACCUCCAGUGCCUGUGGAGCGACCUAUCCCGCAACAACGUCAGGGCAUGGAUGAUGGAUCAACCCCUCCUCCACCUCCACAACUCACAGCACCCCCAUCCCAACAACCACAACAACAACAACAGCUACAACACAUGCCGCCCGGUGUGGGUCCACAGGGAGGACCUCAGGACGUGCCACACCACCAUCAUCCUGAAAUAAAUGGCAAUGCUGGACGAGGCCCACCUCAACACGCGAUGCCUCCUCAGCAGCAGCGACAACAACAACAACAGCAACAGCAACAGCAACAACAACAACAGAACCAGCCACCGCCUGGAAUGCCCAUGGAAAUGGCUGCAGCUGCAGCUGCAGGUUCGCCUUAUUCUCAACAUCAAGCUCCACCUGGAAUGGGACCUCCACCUCACGCAAUCCACCACCAGGGAAUGGGACCACCACCAAUGCAGGGAAUGCACCCGUCGCAACAGCAGCAACAGCAACAACAGCAACAACAACAGCACCCAGGGUCGUACGGUCCACCGCCGCCAGGCAUGGCGGGUCCCGGGUUUGUGCCCAUUGCUCCGGCGCCAGGCGCGUCUCCCCAUAUGCGAUGA